GCUCUCCUUACGCCCCCACCCCCCAAAAUGUCCACUGGGUCCCUCAGCGAUGUGGAGGAUCUUCAAGAGGUGGAGAUGCUGGAAUGUGACGGGCUGAAAGUGGACUCGAACAAGGAGUUUGUGACUUCCAACGAGAGCACGGAGGAGAGCUCCAACUGCGAGAACGGGUCUCCCCAGAAGGGCCGUGGAGGCCUGGGCAAGAGGAGGAAGGCACCGCCCAAAAAAAGCCCCUUGAGUGGAGUCAGCCAGGAGGGGAAGCAGGUCCAGCGCAACGCGGCCAAUGCGCGUGAACGGGCCCGCAUGCGGGUGCUGAGCAAGGCCUUCUCCAGGCUCAAGACCACCCUACCCUGGGUGCCCCCGGACACCAAGCUCUCCAAGUUGGACACGCUCAGGCUGGCAUCCAGCUACAUCGCCCACUUGAGGCAGAUCCUGGCUAACGACAAGUACGAGAACGGUUACAUCCACCCGGUCAACCUGACGUGGCCCUUUAUGGCGGCGGGGAAACCCGAGAAUGACCUGAAAGAAGUGGUGACAGCAAGCCGCUUAUGUGGAACCACAGCGUCCUGACCUUGGAAGUGCGAGUCUGGGACAGCCGCGCUCCCGGGGGGAGCGGGCCCCUGGAGGCGACCCCUGUCCGCCCUGCUGUGCGUCUCGGCUUCCCCAUCCCACCCCGCGAGAACACUUUACAGCGACGAGGAGAUUCGUUUCCAAACCAGAGAUCAAUUGUACUUACAGAUUCCCAUCUAUUUAACUUUAUUAACUUCUACCGUGAAUGACUCUGUGAGCCUUGCUGGUCCAAGUGCAAUAUGUAAUUUUAUAUAUAUAUAUAUAUAAAUAGAUAAUAAGAGCUUAUCAAUGUGUAUCUUUUGUACAAUAUGUUGUAAAAUGUAGAUCAUAGAAUAGCUGACUUUGACAGUCACAUUUAUAAAGUAAUUCACUCAAAGAUAUAUUUUUUUCAAACAAAGUUUUGCUACUUUCGAAAAUAAAUCUUCCUUUAUAUUG